AUUCCCGCGAUUUCAUCAAACGAAUUUUUACUAGAUUUGUUUUAUUCAAGAAGAUAUUAAUAUUUCUAUAGAAAAUACAUUUUAAUCAAAUUUUAUAAUGACGUUGAUUGCAAGUCUAACUAAAGGUGCAAUAACGCGAAUGAUGCGAGGCGAUACGGUAUUAAAUCCAGUUCUGCAGAUUCUGAAUGUUCAGAAAGUAAAUACGGGCAAUCCAGAUGAGGAUCGUUAUCGCGUGACCUUAUCUGAUGGCGAAUAUUACCAUACCUGUGCCCUGCUGGCCAGUGAGCUGAAUAAAAUUCAGCACAGAGGACUGCUCAGUGAGAACACAAUUGUGCGGGUAAGCAAAUACUCGAUCGAUAUGUCUGGAAGGGGGGUAUCCGGCGGCCUCGAGAUUAUUGUGGACGAGAUAACAGUGCUAAAUUCGGAGUAUGAAACAAAAAUAGGUGAGCCCGUGACCUACGAGAAUGCGGCUAAGCAGAUUACGGCUCCGGAAGUAUCUGCUCUUGCGAUAAGUAAUCAAUCUUGCAACCAAAUUAAUGAAGAAGUAAUUCCGAUUGCCCAUCUAAGUCCACAUAAGCUCAAAUGGAUUAUAAAGGCCCGGGUUAGCAGUAAGACGCGCAUAUUUCCGUAUAAGGGAGGCAGAUUGUUUAACAUGAAUUUAUUUGAUAAAUCUGGUGAGAUUCGUGCAACUGCUUUUAAGGACCAGUGUGAUAAAUUCCACGGUAUGAUCGAUGACGGCAAUGUUUACUUUAUCGCCAACGGUUGCAUUAAGCCGGCCAACAAACAGUAUUCCCAACUGGAAAAUGAUUAUGAGAUGACUUUCAUAGGCGACACUAUGGUUCAGCUAUGCGACGACAAUGGUGACACACCCGAAGUAAAAUUCGAUCUGAUACCACUGGCGCAAGUAUCGAAUAUGGGAAAUAACGAAGCCGUCAAUACAAUUGGUAUUUGCACAGAAGUGGGCGAAUUGGAGAUCAGAAUUUCGAGUAAAACCAACAAGGAGUUCAAGAAACGCGAACUCACCCUGGUGGAUAUGAGCAAUGCUGCCGUCACUCUAACGCUCUGGGGCGAUGAAGCYGUCAAUUYCGAUGGACAUGUGCAGUCCGUCAUCUUGGUCAAGGGAUCGCGUGUCAAUGAAUACGGCGACUGGAAGAGCCUUAACGUGGGCUGGGGCUCAAUUCUUAAAAUUAAUCCAGAUAUACCUGAGGCCCACAAGCUGCGUGUUUGGUUCAAUAAUGGGGGCGCCGAUAAUACAGUAUCUGCUCGGAAAGUUGAAUUGAUGACCCUGAAGGAUGCGUACCUUCGAAAUCUGGGUUCGGGUGACAGGCCAGACUACUUCCAAUGCAUAGCAAUAGUGCAGAAUGUUAUUCAGACGAAUGCCUUUUACAAAGCGUGUCCUCAAAUGAACUGCAACAAAAAGGUCGUGGAUGUGGGCGAUGGCCUAUACCGCUGCGAAUCCUGCGAUGCAGUAUCUCCUAACUUCACGAAUUUCCUAAGGGUUAAAAUAAAAAUUAGUGAUUAUACCUCGGACCGUGAGGUCAUCUGCUUUGGCAAGAUCGGCGAGCAGUUGCUUAGGCAUACAACCCAGGAGAUUGUUGAGGCCUUAGAGAAUGAUCCGGCUAGAGCUCUAAAAAUCUUUACUGACAUUAAUUACACAUUGUACAUUUUCAAAUUGAGCUGCAAGAAUAAGCUGUACAACGGCAAGAUGAUCAGUACGCUGACCGCCCAGUCCAUGACUCCCUUCAACUGCAAGGAAUACAACAAGCAUCUGAUCAAGGAAAUCAAUCAAAUGCGAGCUACAGCUGCGAGCUAACCAGCUUGUCGAAAUUGAAAAUAUUAUCAAAGUUGCAAUAUUAUAAUAAGGUGCAAUAUUAUUUU